AUGGCGCUGCCCGCGUUGUUGCACCCGUUCUCCAAGCUGCUGGCUCCUGCCAAGGCUCCCAAGCGGCUUUUCAGCGCAAAGUUCUACAUUCGGGAGCCGCCACAUGACAGACCUGACUGGCUGAAAGUUGGACUGACCUUGGGCACCUCCGUCUUCUUGUGGAUCUAUCUCAUCAGACAACAUAAUGAAGAUGUUUUAGAGUAUAAAAGAAGCAAUGGGUCGGAAUAA